CAUUUGUGAAUCGCUCUCACAGUGCCGCAGAUAGGGGCUGCAAACGCACGCGGCGCUUAUGCAGGUGAGAAAGGGACGCUUGGAUUGAGAAUUGCGGGACACUAUGAAGAUUCUCUCGUAGGAAUUUCACAAUAUCUACAUCGGAAUUACAAUUGUCCGUGUUUGUUUCAUUUUUGUUAUUCCCGCGUGGUCAGAGGUUUUGUGCUGGGGAGUUUAUUUAUUAUUUAUUCCUCUCCCUAUUGCCUGUAACUGUGUGAACUAUAAAACACAGACUGCUUGUUAUAAGUGAGUGGAGGUAAAUGAAUCAGAGCGCUCGGAUUCUGCUUGGAUAGGCAACUGGACACACAAUCACUGCUUCUCCACUGCUUCAAGGUAAGAGGACGAGACCCUCCGUAAAGUAGGCUACUGUAUCACCACAACUUGGGAAUCUGUGUGGGCAUUCCAUUGCCACUACUCCGUAUUGGACAUAUCUUCGGACGGGGAAAUUAGGAUUUUGACCAUUUACAUCAUUUCUAUAUCAAUCUGGGAAGAUUUUUUUGUAACUGAAAAGACUUGGACUGAUUUUAAAUUUCAAUUAAAUAAGAUAGCGUUUCUCUUUACGCGCAUAAAAUAUUCGGAUUCCUAAUGAAUUCAUGGCAUAUGAUAUGACCGGACUGGACGGACUGUUUCGAUUGUGUUUUGCCCAGUUUUUAUUGAAAGAAGGAAAGAAACAUUAAUUCGGUGGAAAAGGGGGAGAGGAGAGCCCGUCCACUUGCUCUUAUUCAGUGCAGUCGAAGCGGUGUGGGAAGACGUCCGGAGGAGGAAGUCUCACACCUACUGAAAUGGAGGACUACAAAUAAUCCGAGAACGAAAAUUAUUGUUUUCCAAACAGUAUACCAGCAAGUAAACGACAUCCCCAUUUGAUUCAAGGCUUUAAAAUCCAUUCAUUACAUUGCGGGGAACAAUGAGGACUACUGGCGCAGUGGACUAUUUAUGCUACAGUAUACUCAUCCUGCAGCUGCUGAAUCAGCCUGCUGCUAAGCAAGUGCUCCGAUAUCGCUUGGCUGAGGAGGGACCCGCGGAUGUCAGAGUAGGGAACGUAGCCGUGGACCUCGGAAUCGUUGCCGGGUCUGGCGAGGUGACAUUUACCCUCGAGUCCGGAUCUGAUUUUUUCAAAAUAGAUAAUAUAACAGGCGAGCUGACCACCAAUGAACGGCGGAUAGACCGUGAAAAAUUACAGCAGUGUCAAAUGAUAUUUGAUGAAAACGAGUGUUUCAUAGAUUUUGAAGUGUCAGUAAUUGGACCGGCGCAGAGCUGGGUUGACCUGUUCGAGGGGAAAGUCAUUAUUUUAGAUAUAAAUGAUAACACCCCGUCUUUCCCAUCUCCCGUGCUGACCCUAUCGGUGGAGGAGAACAGGCCGAUUGGCACUCUCUAUCUCCUACCCACGGCCACCGACAGAGAUUUCGGUAGGAACGGAAUUGAGAGAUAUGAGCUUAUUCAAGACAGCGGGGAGAGCUCCAGGCGCCUGGGCUCAAGCUCAGGUGGUCGCGGAGCUGACAGGAGAUUCGACGAGGGGGCAGGCAGGAGCAGCGUCUUUGAACUGCAAGUUGCUGACACAACCGACGGGGAGAAGCAGCCGCAGCUCAUCAUUAAAGGGGCACUGGACAGGGAGCAGAGGGACUCUUAUGAGCUCACCCUGCGUGUUAGGGAUGGGGGCGACCCCCCACGCUCUUCCCAGGCCAUCCUGAGGGUGAUGAUCACUGAUGUGAAUGACAACAGCCCCCGCUUUGAGAAGGCUGUGUAUGAAGCUGACCUGCCGGAGAACAGCUCCCCUGGUGCCCCCAUUCUGCAGCUGAAAGCAGCUGACGCAGACGUUGGGGUGAACGGUCAGAUUGAGUACGUAUUCGGCGCAGCCACAGAGUCAGUCCGUAGGCUAUUGAGGCUGGAUGAGAGCUCUGGGUGGCUGAGCGUGCUCCAUCGUAUUGACCGCGAGGAGGUGAGCCAACUGCGCUUCACUGUGAUGGCGAGGGACCGAGGCCAGCCGCCCAAAAUGGACAAGGCCACCGUGGUUCUCAACAUCAAGGAUGAGAACGACAACGUGCCAGCUAUCGAGAUUCGUAAGAUCGGACGCAUCUUCCUGAAGGAUGGAGUGGCCAACGUGGCUGAGGAUGUAGUGGUGGACACGCCUAUAGCUUUGGUCCAGGUGUCAGACCGCGACCAGGGGGAGAACGGUAUCGUGACCUGCACCGUGGUGGGUGACGUGCCCUUCCAGCUCAAACCGGCCAGUGAGAUUGAGGGUGAGAUGAAUAAGAAGAAAUACUUCCUCCAUACGUCAGCGCCGCUGGACUACGAGGCCACACAGGAGUACAACGUGGUCAUCGUGGCGGUGGACUCAGGAAGCCCUAGCCUGGCCAGUAAUAACUCGCUCAUCGUAAAGGUGGGCGACUUCAACGACAACCCACCCAUCUUUAGCCAGAACGUGGUGGAGGUGUCCUUUCCAGAAAACAAUGCCCCCGGCGAGAGGGUGACCACUGUACAGGCCAUAGAUGCUGAUAGUGGCAAGAACGCGGAAAUCGCCUACUCCCUCGACUCCUCUGUGAAUGGGAUAUUCUCCAUUAAUGCCGACAACGGUGACAUCAGAGUAAACACCAUUCUGGACAGAGAACAAACAGAGAGGUACCAGUUCAAAGUAAUAGCUAAAGAUAAGGGCAUGCCCAUACUCCAGGGGUCAGCCACUGUGGUAGUCUUAGUGGCUGAUAAGAAUGACAAUGAGCCUAAAUUCAUGCAGGAUGUGUUCACCUUCUACGUCAAAGAGAACCUUACACCCAACAGCCCUGUUGGCAUGGUGACCGUCAUUGACGCCGACAAAGGCCAGAACGCAGAAAUGAGCCUCUUCAUCGAGGAAGAGGAGGAGAUCUUCUCCAUUGAGAACGACACAGGAACCAUUUUCUCCACCAUGUCGUUUGACCGCGAGCAGAAAACCACCUACACGUUCCGGGUCAAGGCUGUGGACAGCGGAGACCCACCUAGAUCAGCUACUGCCACCGUGUCACUCUUCGUGAUGGACGAGAAUGACAACCCGCCGACCGUUACCUUCCCCAUCAAUAGCUCAUACACCCUCCUACCCCCCUCCAGCAAUGUUAGGACUGUAGUACGAACUGUCAUGGCCACCGAUACCGACACAGGGAUCAACGCUGACCUAAACUACAGUAUCGUCGGGGGCAACCCUUUCAAACUGUUUGAGAUCGACGGGGGAAGUGGGGUCAUCUCACUGGUGGGGAAACUGGAGCAGAAACACUAUGGCCUCCACAGACUGGUGGUUCAGGUGAACGACAGUGGCCAGCCCUCGCAGAGCACCACCACCAUGGUGCACGUCUAUGUCAACGAGACCCUCUCCAACUCCACCAUCGUUGAGGCCCAGGUGGCUAAGAGCCUGGGCACUCCGCUCAAUACCAACAUCGCCGGUGACCCCAACUACGACCUGGGCAAGCAGCGGCUGAGCAUUGUCAUCGGCGUGGUGUCGGGCAUCAUGACGGUAAUCCUCAUCAUCCUCAUCGUGGUCAUGGCUCGCUACUGCCGCCCCAAGAACAAGAAUGGCUACGAGGCGGGCAAGAAGGACCACGAGGACUUCUUCACCCCUCAGCAGCAUGACAAGGGCAAGAAGCCCAAGAAGAACAAGAAGAACAAACAGCCGUUGUACAGCAGCAUUGUCACCGUCGAGGCCUCCAAGCCCAACGGCCAGCGCUACGACGGCGUCAAUGAGAAGCUGACCGACAGCCCCGGGAUGGGCAGGUACCGCUCCGUUAACGGAGGGCCCGGAAGCCCGGAUUUGGCCCGGCACUACAAGUCCAGCUCGCCACUGCCCACGGUCCAGCUCCACCCCCAGUCGCCCACGGCCGGGAAAAAGCAUCAGGCUGUUCAGGACCUGCCCCCUGCCAACACCUUCGUUGGCACCGGAGAUAACAUUUCCCUUGGAUCUGACCACUGCUCCGAGUACAGCAGUCAAACCAUCAACAAGUACAACAAACAGCCGUUCCGCCGAGUGACCUUCUCGGUGGUGAGCCAACCCCAGGACCCACACCAGCAGGGAUCGCUGCAGAGCUGCUACGACAGCGGGCUGGAGGAGUCGGAGACGCCCAGCAGCAAGAGCUCUUCGGGGGGCCCCAGGCUGGGUGCAUUGCCCCUGCCAGAGGACAGCUACGAGAGGACCACGCCGGAUGGCAGUGUCGGUGAGGCAGAGCAUAUGGAAAAUGACACCCGGACCUUGCCUGACGUAGCCAUGACAGGCAAGUGCACCCGGGAAUGUGACGAGUACGGCCACUCGGACUCCUGCUGGAUGCCUGUGCGCACGUCGCCCGAGCGACGGCCCAAGACGACCACCACCCAACAACCAAAGCUUUCCACCUUCAUGACCAGUGGCGGUAGCGGCAGCAACCCUCCCGAGCAGCAACAACAUCCUGGCAGCCAGGAAGCCCUGGUCGCCAUGGCCAACGGAGACCCCUCCUCUCACGUGAUGCUGGGCAACGACCGCAACCGCAACUUGCUCAAUAAGAAGAUGGCCUCCUCCUCGUCCUCCUACGAAGCUUUCGGCUCGCCCAGCUUCAGCCCGCCGGGGGUCGAGGAGGGGGUGGUGGUGGGUCACCCCAUCGAGGAGAUCCCCCUGGCCCCCACCGGGGAAUACAAACCCUCAUCCUGUGGCACGCUCACCCGCCGGGAGGUCUACCUGUGAGGGGGGGGCGGUGGAGCUAGCGCCACGGUAUGCAUGGUUCUAACAACAACAACAACAACUAUAGUAGGCAACCACGACGACAACAACUGAAGACACUUUUUACUGUACCAGACCGACCUUAACUGAGCAGGAAAGGUCCAAGGAUAACCCCUCUACUAGACAACAACAAACAUCAAAAACAACAACUUGAAACAAUGCUAAAAUCAACGUGGAUACAAAAAUAAUUCCUUUUUGUAAUUCAGAUUCUGACCUUAUCUUGCAAGAGGAAGAGGAGGAUGGGGCUAUUGGUGGGACUUGAAGCGAGACAUUGGAUAACUGCUGCCGGCCGGCGAGUCGGGCCGAUGGGAACAUUACUGCUGCCUGAUGAUCACCACUGUACAAUUACCAACUCAUUUCCAUAAAACAUGCAUGCAUUAUCUCUCCCUGACCCCACCUCCCAAAGACUGUACUGUACAAAAAGAGGACCUUCCUUUUUUCCCCCCAUCUUUUACUAUAACUCGAGUGUGACAAUGAAACGUGUGACAGAGGACCGAUGUCAUGCCUUUUGGGGACUUAGUGGCACUCCCACCCUGAUGCAAAUGUCAUAUACAUUCAAUAAUGUGUCACGUAACACAUGUCACGUGUCAUGACCCCCCCCCCCCCCCCCCCCCCCCCCCCCCACCCUGUGCUACCCACUCUUGAUCCCGUAGUUUCCACAGCUUAUGAUAUUAAGUUGCGUUCCUCCAAAACACAACCAAACAACAACAGACUGUGAAAGCUACUAGCAUGGCAUCAUAGAUCACAACAUUUGGGAAAGACUAAGCUUUAACUUUCUGUCCUGUGGAUAAGACGGUGCAUAUCGCCUCAUUCGUGGCAGAAUAUCAUUGACAAAUGGAGGAGUCAAUACGAUUGGCAAUGUCCUAGCCAUAGGAGUCCAUGAAACACACAAUGUCCUAGCCAUAGGAGUCCAAGAAACACACAAUGUACGAUGAACUGAUGUCCAAGUAUGCUUAUUUACGAGUGUGCUCACUUUGUCUCUCUCAUAGACACCAACACAAGUGUACGUUGUACCUAUACAUCGAUUCAGACCCUUUGACCUUUAAAGCUCACUUGUCUCUCUACCUUACUCUGCCUCUCUUUCUCUGUCUUUGGAUGGCCUGAGAGUUGAAGACUAAACCGCCCUUCCAGAUGUAAUUUUCUAUCUAGAGCCAAUCUGAAUUGGUUGUCAUUCUUUGCUUGAAUUGCGUAAUAUGUGUACGUGGUUGUGCAUACUGUAUCACCCCCGGAAAAUAUUGAUUCCUAUUCAGAUGAAAGUUACAAAGCUGAUUAUGGUUAUCCUCUUGCCCACACAGACAAGCAGACACAAUUCAACACACACAGCUAACAUGUCAUGGUUACACUUUAGGUGAGUUAGUUAUGGGAGGUGCUGGGUAUGUAAGAGUGAACAUGACAGGGUAGGUUGAGCUGAACCAGAACAGUGAUGUGUUGAGGUUUUGCCGUGACAUUUAUUUUGUGUUAGCGUGUGUGCUAGAUUGAACAUGCACAUGGUACAUAACACUGACACGAACACACUAUCUAUCGUAUAUCUAUCGUAUAAUAGUAAGCAUAGACGUACACUCUUAAGUCCAUGUCCACCUUCCCAUAAAUGGAGAUGUCACUAAUGGCGGAAGUAGAUUUUCACAUUGACACAGACAGACAUCUUUUUGAGAAUGUAAGAAUCUGCUCAAUGAAGUACAAUCAAACACACCUGCUGAUGUACAGUCAGAAAAAGGGGUGUGAAAAUACAAUGGUUUAACAUUGUACCUUGCAAGUUAGUAUGAACGAGAAACCAAAACGUAGGGAACACAAACUGGCAUAUGGAUUCAUCAUUUUAUCAGAGAGUAACUACAAUACCACGUAGGAAUAGCUUUCGGUAGUUAUGUUUGCUUUAAAUACACACGUGUAACUGUAUAGUGAGAGUACGGGUUGAAUUGAACAAGGGCACAACAUGUAGGAGAAUAUCUGUUGUAGUUUGGACUGACACAACCAUAUGCACACACACACACACACACACAUAAUAUGAAGAUAUUGUGCCUCCUUACCCAUCGCAAGUUGUGUUUUUCUGCCGGUACUGUAAGUAGGCACAAGGUCUUGCCGCCAUAACUGAGAAAAAUGAAUAUCAGAUGCAAUGAAAACCCUUGUAUAUGUUAGCUAACCCUUUGGUUCAAAACAACUGCUAUUUGGCAGUCCACCAAUCUGUAGUCUGUAAGUACUACUUGUCGUUCGAAGAAGCGCUCCUAUGCUUAUAAACUGUAUACAUAAAUAUGUACUUUUUACUGCAUGUUUAAAGGGAAUUUACUUCACUUAAUGAGGAGAAUUAAAUGUCAAAGAAAAAUGUACAAAAAAAAAUCCUUAACCAGUGAACAUGGAGGUCCAUCUUGUUGCUUGCUUUGGUUUUACCUAACAGACAUUAGCCAUGUAGUACGAUUAAUAAGUAUAUCGAUUUGAAGAGGAAUAAAUGUAUGUUUAUUUAGCAUAUUUAUUUCAUGUUCCAUCAUAUUUUGUUGAUUGUUGGUUUUGUUUUGUUCCUUUCAGACACAUUUUCACAGCGUUCCCCAAUUCCAUUGAACAGUUAACCCUACAGUAAACCCUACAGUAAACCCUACAGUUAACCCUACAGUAAACCCUACAGUUAACCCUACAGUAAACCCUACAGUAAACCCUACAGUAAACCCUACAGUAAACUCUACAGUUAACCCUACAGUAAACCCUACAGUUAACCCUACAGUUAACCCUACAGUAAACCCUACAGUAAACCCUACAGUUAACCCUACAGUAAACCCUACAGUUAACCCUACAGUUAACCCUACAGUAAACCCUACAGUAAACCUUACAGUAAACCCUACAGUAAACCAUACAGUGAUAACAGAGAUUCAGUUGAAGUAGUCCUACCCUAUCCUGCGUCCUCACCUGGAAAAGUCUGACAUACAUAAUACAGUGAGACGAUUCACAACUUUCUACCGGCACGGCAUUUACGUUUCAUUUCUCCCUCUUUUUUUGUAUUUGAUAUACAAUAACAAUCAGAAUAUUGGAAAUAAUCAACGUUAUGCAUUUUAUUCUGGGUUUUUUUUCUCUUAUAUUUUCUGGUGCAACUUUGUAUAUUUAGAGUGCUUCUGUAAAAAAAACAAAAAUGUAAAAAAACAAAACAAAAAAAAACUGUAGAGUGAAUGCAAAAUAUGCAAUUGUGCCUUUUUAUACCGAUUGGUAUGAUUCAAUGUUGGUUUGGAAUGGUACAAAACCAAUUAUGCUGACAUGCUUUCUAAAAGUAGUGGGGAUGAUAUUAUAGUCCAAUUUUAAAUACCUCCUGAGGAACUUGUACGAUCGAGGAACGAUCCAGUUACUUUCUGUCUUCUCGGGAUGUGACCAGUCAAAUGUUUGUAAGCCUGUUGACACGGUGUGGUACAAUGAUGUGGAGUGGCUAUUGGAUGGGUCUCAACGUGGAAUGUUCAAGGUAUUAAUAUCCAUUCCUAGCAUAGUGUACUUUCAUAACCAAAUGACUACUUUUUGUACUGCUUAAUACUAGUAAUAAUGAUGACGUAAUGGAAAAAUGAUUAUCCUAUUGCUACAGUGUUCUGCUGAUGUACAUAUUCAGUGCGACAGCCUUGUGUGCAUGAAACAACUCUCCUGGAUUGAACACAUUGAGUGUAGUAGAAGAAACGCUUGGAGACAUUUGACAGUUCAGGACGCGAGGAAGCCGAUUAAUGCUAAAUGCAGAGGUUGGAAAAGUGAGGAGUAAAAAAAAAAAAAGAAAUGUUACAAAAAAAAUGCUGCAAGGUCGAGAUGCUGACAGAAUGCACACCUCAGGACGUAAAGCAACCCCUAAAACACAUUUACAACACAUGCAUUACAAACAAAAGCUCAACACAUACACAAUGUUUUACAAAGCAUGAUGCGUUACAACACUGGAAACAAGAAAGAAGUUGUAUAGUGGGUUCUCGUUGUGUUAUACUUUCAGUGAACAUAAAGGAAAUUGCAUGUCUGUGUUUCUAGAAAGACUGAGAAAUUUCUAUAUAGUGUUAUAAUAAGCUUUUUUGAUUGUCAAAAAAUGCAAUUCUUUACUCAAACAUUCAAUAGGCUACUUGUGCUUACUUCUAAAUGUACAAUAUUAUCUGAUAGAAAAGAAACAGGGACAAUAUCAAAUGGGUCCUUCCUUGACCUGGUAAUCCACAGAUGACGGUCAAGUUUGGUUUUUAGAAGAAAAAAAUGUGUCAUAUUUUUGCUACCUGAGGUGUAUGUUGAGUCGGAUCUCUCUCCUAUUCGUUGUUGAGCAUUCACAGUCUGUGAUGAGAUUUGUGAUAUUAACCAUAAACUAUUUGUCCUGCGACUUGGAUGUUGAUAUAGAAAUUGAGUAAACAGUUUAUCAUUGUUUAUUAUGAUUCACUAUGCACGCAGCUUAGCUGAACAUGGCAAAAUGUAUUGAACGCAAGUCAACUUCUAUUUAUGAAAUAUUUUACAUAAUUUAAUUUGCUUUUGUACAGGUUUCUGUAAAUAAAUUGCUUGUAAUUUUUGUCUCUGCAGAAAUUAAAAUAUAACAUGGUUAAAAC